AUGUUCAGAAGAGUCGCUUCCACCGUCCCCGCUCAGGCCAGCAGAGCCAUGGCUGCCGCCGUCAGACCCUCGAUUGCUCCCUCGUUCCGCGCCGCCGCUCCUGCUAUCAACAACGCAAGAAGAAGCUACCACGAGAAAGAUAUCAAGCCCAGAAACGUCGGUAGCAUGCAGAAGAACGAUACCGACGUCGGUACCGGUCUCGUCGGCGCUCCCGCUUGCGGCGAUGUCAUGAAGCUCCAGAUCCGUGUCGACCCCAACGACAACACCAUCAGCGAGGUCAAGUUCAAGACUUUCGGCUGUGGUUCCGCCAUCGCCAGCAGCAGUUACUUGACCGAGCUCGUCAAGGGCAUGACUCUUGAGCAGGCUGGCCGCAUUAAGAACACCGAGAUUGCAAAGGAACUCUGCCUGCCUCCUGUCAAGCACGCCAUCAAGUCCGCCAUCUCAAACUACUACACCAAGAACCCCAACGCAAGAAAGACCGACCUCGGCGGCACCUCCGCACCUCUUCCCAAGGUCGAGGUUGAGACCGUUUCGGCCACCGCUUAA